UCAGCUGCGCAAUACAGAGACACCACCCGGUCUGCCAUGCCUCGCUCGUUCCUCGUCAGGAGUAAAAGGACCCAUCUGCUCGGCCCAGCUAAGGACAGCUACAGGCAGCAUUCCCAGGACCACACAGAUGCCCACCAGCCUGUGCAGCAUGUGAUGGGACAGGUCAGGAGGUGUCCUGAAGAUGCUGUGCAGCCUUUGGCCCCCAUGUUUGGGGUCAAAGACCUUCUGGGUGAAGGCGUCUCACCCUGGGAUGGGAUGGCAGUCCAGUCCCUCAGGGCCCCCACAGAUGAUUCUCGGCCUUCAGCCCCCACAGAAAACAGAGAAGCUCCUCUGCCAGUCUCACCUUGGACGGUCGACAGACACCAGGCAUCCGCCAGAGAGAGACAACUGGAGGGACUCGUCUUCAUGUUGCUCAACCACACAUCUCACACUGACCUUAAAUCCCCUGUCAGCGAGUGUCCGCUCUGUGACAAGUCUUUCUCGGAGGCCUCAUUAUCAGGAGGUGGCCUGCAGGCUCAUCUUCACAAGACCCUCUCUGUCCCAUUGAUGAGAUCACCCACUGCCACAGACGUGUCCCAUGUGCCCUUUGGCUUCAGAGCGAUAGGCAGCUAUAGAGCGAAGGAGCGUAGCUUUGGCUGCAAGGUGUGUGGGAAGGUGUUCAAGCGCUCGUCCACCCUGUCCACACACCUCCUCAUCCACUCAGACACGCGGCCCUACCCCUGCCAGUACUGCGGCAAAAGGUUCCACCAGAAGUCAGACAUGAAGAAACACACCUUCAUACACACAGGUGAGAAACCACAUGUGUGCAAGGUGUGCGGUAAAGGAUUCAGUCAAAGCUCCAACCUCAUCACCCACAGCCGAAAGCACAGCGGCUACCGGCCGUUCAGCUGCCCCCGCUGUCAGCUCAGCUUCCAGCGCAGGGUUGACCUACAGCGCCACCGAGAGACGCAGUGUGGAUAUGGAGACAUGUUCACUCAAACCUGAGUCCUUGAAGCAAAGAAGAGAUGGCAAGACUGUGAAGUGGCAUUUGUAAAUAAUUUUAAAUUAUCUGUAACUGUAAAAGUCAGAAGAAUAUGCAUCAUGUUACACUUUGCAUGCUUAAAAAUAAACUUAAUUGAUUGUGUAA